AUGCUAAAAAUUCCUAAAGACUUGAUGGUCACUUAUCAUCUCAACCGAAACCGGUUACACGGCAUCGAAUCACUGUUCCGGCUCUGCAUUUUCUUUCCUUCACUCUUCACCGACAAGCCGACGAUGGCCGGUGGAGCUGUGGUGGCCGCCUCGAGUUCCGGUCGCCCACAACCCUCCGAGCAGCCGAAAACAACAUUUUACGUGGUGUUGCUCACCUGUUUGGCCUGUGUCGGAGGGCUAUUAUUCGGUUAUGACACAGGCGUGGUUUCGAGUGCCAUGCUCUUCCUGCCCGACAAUCCCGGGAUGAAAGGUCUCAAUACAGUAUGGCAAGAGCUGAUUGUCAGUAUCACGCCGGGUAUGGCUGGUAUUGGAGCGUUAGUGGCAGGAAAAGCUUCCGAUAUGUACGGCCGACGGAUAAUAAUCCUAUCGGCAUCGCUAGUAUUCGGAGUUGGGGCUAUCGUUUGUGCGGUGGCGCCUGAAAAGUGGACGUUAUUGUUUGGAAGAGUGUUGCUUGGAAUAGCUGUUGGCUUUGCUUCCAUGAUCAUCCCCGUCUUCAUCGGAGAAGGAGCCCCAAGUCACAUGCGAGGAACGUUGGUCACAAUUUACCAGUUCAUGAUCGCCGCCGGCUUCAUCGUAGCCAACGGAGUCGCAGCCGGAUUCGCUCAAAUCGACCCGGAAAGGGUGGGCUGGAGGCUGAUGUUUGGGUUUGCCGCCAUUCCGGCUAUAAUUCAGUUUGUUGGAUUCAUGUUCCUGCCCGAUACCCCGAGAUAUCUCUUCAACCAGGGGCGCAGCGACGAGGGCGAGGAAGUGUUGGCAAAGAUCUACGGUGGCCACAAAGAAUGGAUAAAUUACGAAAUCGAAGAAAUCCGAGAUGCCAUCGAAAUGGAGGAGAAUGCGAAGAAAGAAUUUGAAGGCCAAAUGAUCAUCUCGCGCGUGUUCCAAACCCCUCAUGUCCGACGGGCUCUUUUCGUUGGUUGUUCGCUGCAGAUGUUCCAGCAGUUGAUCGGGAUUAACACGUUACUAUACUACACCGGAAAAAUCAUCCAGUCUGCUGGAAUUGAAGACAAGACGAGCACGAUUCUGAUUUCCUGUGCUAUUUCCGCUGUCCAAGCCGUUGCCACUUUUAUCCCGAUGAAGCUGAUCGAGUGGAAGGGACGAAGGGCGAUCACAUUGGUGUCGAUGGUCGGCGUCUUCAUCUCACUCUGCCUUAUGGGCGGAGCGUUCUUGAUGGUUAAUAAGGACUCCGUCUCCUUGAAUCCAAACGAUCUCUCCGGGCUCCCCAGUAACGCCAGUGCGUACGACGAGUUCAAGAAGUGCAAUGAUUUUACAAACUGCGAUUUCUGCGUAACUGCCCCUCACUGCGGCUUCUGCCACUCUACCAAUAAUGAUAAAGCUGGACAAUGUUUGCCAACAAAUAUGGAUAGUGAUAGCCAGAGUACCAUGGGGUACUGUGUAAAUGAUGUGAAUACGAUGGCCAACGUAACUUAUAAAUUCACGCAUUACUGCGCUACAAAGUACACGAUGCUUCCCAUUAUCGUGAUGGUGAUCUACUUGGUGUGCUUCGCUUUUGGUAUGGGACCGAUGCCAUGGGUCUACAACGCGGAGAUAUAUCCCCUAUGGGCCCGUUCUACUUGUGUAUCUUUGGCCACUUUCACAAACUGGCUUUUCAACCUGAUCGUCGCGCUGACUUUCUUAUCGCUUGGUGAAGCCAUCACCAAAUACGGCUCCUUCUUCCUCUACGCCGGCUUCACCGCCGUCGGUUUCGUCGUCUUCUACUUCUUCAUGCCCGAAACUAAAGGGCUCCAAAUGGAAGAAAUCGAGCAUCUUUUCAAAACCAAGGCAGAACGAAGGAAGACUAACUACAGCGCACACAACCCGGGGCUUGAGAUGCAGGACAAAUAC